UGCGUUUUCGGUGAGGGACCGCCUAUUGAGGCCCAGACUACCAAACAUGGACUCGUAUGUCGCACACCACCCGUCUCUUGGAGACCCCAAACCCCCAUUGGAUCAGAUCAUAUUCUGGUCGAUCUGUCCGUCCGGUCGUCGGAAACGAAAACUGAUUUUCUUCAACGAAAGUUCGCUUUCUUCGACUGCAAUGCACACAAAACUUGUAUGGAUUGCGUUCAAAGUGAAUGGCAGUGCAAUUGGUGUUCAAACGACAACAAAUGCAGUGAUAAUAGGAAUAACUGUUCGGCCAAUAGUCUGUCAAACGAGGUUGAAUUAGUGAUAAACCAAUUGCCAAAACUGCCCCACAAUGCGAACUAUCAGUGCGUUUUCGGCGAGGGACCGCCUAUUGAGGCCCAGACUACCAAACAUGGACUCAUAUGUCGCACACCACCCGUCUCUUGGAGACCCCAAACCCCCAUUGGAUCAGAUCAUAUUCUGGUCGAUCUGUCCGUCCGGUCGUCGGAAACGAAAACCGAUUUUCUUCAACGAAAGUUCGCUUUCUUCGACUGCAAUGCACACAAAACUUGUAUGGAUUGCGUUCAAAGUGAAUGGCAGUGCAAUUGGUGUUCAAACGACAACAAAUGCAGUGAUAAUAGGAAUAACUGUUCGGCCAAUAGUCUGUCAAACGAGAUGUUCAGCCCGUCGAGCGCUGGCGCCGCACCCGUGCCUAACAGUUUCAUAUCCGACCAGAAAUACUGUCCCAGUUUUGAUCUGAACCGCAAUAUUCUGCUGCCUAAUGGCAUCCCAAAGGAGAUAAUACUUCCGGUGAAGAAUAUGCCCAUCGCUGCCAACGUGAGUGUC